AUGACCUUGUGGAAAUUGGAGACUCAACUUCGGCUUGAUCGGGCUGUGGGAACGGCAACUUGGAGUGAUAUAUUCGGUUUUUCUAGGGUUAAGCAUCUUUCUCCUAGUGAUUCGGAUCAUACUCUAAUUGUCUUGCAAGCCAGAACCAUACCACUACCCAAGAGACCUAGGCGACAUAGGUUCAAGUUUGAAUCGUUCUGGCUACAACAUGAGGAAUAUGAUCCUUUGGUUUUGUCUAACUGGCAGACUGAAUUUAUAGGAGUUCCUAUGUAUACGUUGACUCGAAAGAUCAUGUGCACUAGAAGAGCUCUUGAAGGUUGGCAACAGAGUACCUUCCGCUUUCGUCAACAACAAAUGUUUGAGAUUCGUGGCAGGCUAGAAUAUUUGAUGUCUGAAUCUCUUACCUCGGAAUAUCAUGAAGAGAAAAAAGUGUUGAUGGCUUCGCUUCAACAGCUCUUUCUUAGGAAGAAGCGUUUUGGAAGCAAAGGGCUAAAGUUACCUGAGGGCAGAUGGAGGGAUGAUGAUGAGGGUAUGGACACGGUUGUUACUUCCUAUUUUUCUAAGAUGUUUACGGCUACUAGUUUGGAUGUGGAGGCUAUUGAUUUGACCCUUGAUGCCAUUCAACCUUGUGUGACUAUUGUCAUGAAUCAGAAACUUUGUGCUCCGUACACAGAAGAAGAAGUGCGUGUUGCUCUUUUUCAAAUGUAUCCCACGAAAUCUCAUGGGCCUGAUGGGAUGCCUCCUCUUUUCUUUCUGCACUAUUGGGAAACUAUUAGGGUUGAUGUUACUGAAGCAGUGCAAAUUAUUUUGCCUGACAUUAUUUCACCUUUCCAAAGUGCGUUUGUGCCAGGACGUCUCAUCACUGAUAAUAUACUAGUAGCCAAUGAAGUUGCUCAUUUUGUUCACAAUAAAAGGGAGGGCCAAGAUGGCUAUAUGGCGCUAAAAUUGGACCUUAGAAAAGCCUAUGAUCGUAUGGAGUGGGAGUUUCUGCCCAAGGUUAUGCCUAGGGGUUAUGUGAUUCCUUCUCGAGGAUUAAGGCAAGGAGAUCCUCUCUCUCCUUACCUUUUUUUGCUUGGUGCUGAAGGUUUCUCGGCCUUGUUACAAAAAAAGCAACAAAUGGAAUCGUUGCCUGGGAUAGCCAUUUGUCAAACUGCUCCUUUAGUCAAUCAUUUGUUGUUUGUGGAUGACAGCAUGUUAUUUGCUCAUGCUACUUCAGAGGCUUGUUUCCAGAUUCAGGAGAUUAUUGAUGUGUAUGGUACAGCUUCGGGUCAAGUGGUAAACUUUCAUAAAAGCUCAGUUGCUUUUAGCAAGAAUGUUAGGGAGGUUGACCAAGAAGUUAUGGCCAAUCUUUUAGGGGUUGUGAUAGUUGAAUCUCAUGAGAGAUACUUGGGGCUUCCAACUUUUAUGGGAUGA